CCCAGCGUCCUACAAGCAACAGCCAUGCGUCGUACUCGCCUGGUGAUCUUGCCUGGGGCACGCUGCCUGACUAGGCUAUUCUGCCUGCUGCUCUACCUCGCCUGUCCCAACAUCUGUGCUGAAGGUCUGGAGCAGCCCGAAUGUCGCCUGGCGGACUACAACAUGCCUGUGCUUGAAAACAUCGUGCUAGAAACGGAUGACCCUGGAGAGAGCUACAAGGGGAAGCCGGACGGAUAUCAUAGGGACCAAGAACAUGAGAAUGGAACAUGGAAAGGCUAUACUAUGUACAAAGAUACGUGUUUGAAACCCUCUGUAUUACAAAAGAUGGAACCUGAUGCGCUUUUAUUAUUAGUUUCAUUGGAUUCGCCAAUUUCAUAUACAAAAUCAUAUAACUACCAAAAUGCUAAACUUAAUUCGUUAAAAAUAAGAAUGAACAGAAUGCUUCUGACAAAACACUCUGAACUGCACACUUCGGACGGCCCAACUGGACAUCGAAACACUAUUUUAUCUUAUAAACGUCAAGAUCAACGGAUAGCUACUGAAAGACGUGAUGCUCGAUCUCUUAAUUCAGAACAACGAGACAUAAGGAUCUCUGCUGAUCGACGUGAAUUACGAAUCCUGUCUUCUGACCGAAGAAAUGCAAGGAUCUCUGCUGAACAACGUGAAAAUCGCUCUGUCGAACGACGUGAAUCUCGCUCUGCUGAUAGACAUGAAGCUCGCUCUUCUGAACGACGCGAAGCUCGCUCUGUUGAUCGACUUGAAGCUCGCUCUGCUGAUCGACGUGAAGCUCGCUCUGUUGAUCGACAUGUUGCUCGCUCUGCUGAACAACGUGAAUCACAAAUUCCAUCCUCUGGCCAAAGGUAUGGAAGGAUAUUUGCUGAACGACGUGAAGCUCACUCUGCUAAACGACGAGAAACUCGCUCUGCUGAACGACGUGAAUUACGAAUCCUGUCUUCUGACCGAAGAAAUGCAAGGAUCUCUGCUGAACGACGUGAAGCUCGCUCUGCUGAACUACGUGAAUUACGAAUCCUGUCUUCUGACCGAAGAGAUGCAAGGAUCUCUGCUGAACGACGUGAAGCUCGGACUGCCGAACGACGCGAAUCUCGCUCUGCUGAUCGACAUGAAGCUCGCUCUGCUGAACAACGUGAAGCUCGUUCUGCUGAUAGACGUGAAGCCCGCUCUGCUGAACGACGUGCAGCUCGCUUUGCUGAACAACGUGAAACUCUCUCUGCUGAACGACGUGAAGCUCGUUCUGCUGAUAGACGUGAAGCCCGCUCUGCUGAACGACUUGCAGCUCGCUUUGCUGAACAACGUGAAGCUCGCUCUGCUGAACAACGUGAAUUACAAAUCCUGUCUUCCGACCGAAGAGAUUCAAGGAUCUCUGCUGAACGACGUGAAGCUCGCACUGCUGAACGAGGUGAAUUUCGCUCUGAUGAUCGACGUAUAUUACAAUCUCUGUCCUCAGAUCGAAGUGAUGCAAGAAUCUCUGCUGAACGACGUGAAUCACGAUCCCUGUCCUCAGAUCGAAGAGAUGCGAGGAUCUCUGCUGAACGACGUGAAGCACGAUCUCUGUCUAUAGACAAAAGAAAAACGAGGAUCUCAGCUGAACAACGUGAAGCUCGUACCACUGAACAGCGCAAAACUCGAUCUCUUAGCUCAGAUCGACGGGACACCAGGAUCUCUGCUGAACGUCGAGAAGCUCGAUCUCUUACCUCAGAACAACGAGACGCAAGGAUCUCUGCUGAACGUAGAGAAGCUCGAUCUCUUACCUCAGAACGACGAGACGCAAGGAUCUCUGCUGAACGUCGAGAAGCUCGAUCUCUUACCUCAGAACGACGAGACGCAAGGAUCUCUGCUGAACGUAGAGAAGCUCGAUCUCUUACCUCAGAACGACGAGACGCAAGGAUCUCUGCUGAACGUAGAGAAGCUCGAUCUCUUACCUCAGAACGACGAGAAGCAAGGAUCUCUGCUGAACGUAGAGAAGCUCGAUCUCUUACCUCAGAACGACGAGACGCAAGGAUCUCUGCUGAACGUCGAGAAGCUCGAUCUCUUACCUCAGAACGACGAGAAGCAAGGAUCUCUGCUGAACGUCGAGAAGCUCGAUCUCUUACCUCAGAACGACGAGAAGCAAGGAUCUCUGCUGAAGGUAGAGAAGCUCGAUCUCUUACCUCAGAACGACGAGAAGCAAGGAUCUCUGCUGAACGUCGAGAAGCUCGAUCUCUUACCUCAGAACGACGAGACGCAAGGAUCUCUGCUGAACGUCGAGAAGCUCGAUCUCUCACCUCAGAACGACGAGACGCAAGGAUCUCUGAUGAACGUCGAGAAGCUCGAUCUCUUACCUCAGAACGACGAGAAGCAAGGAUCUCUGCUGAACGUAGAGAAGCUCGAUCUCUUACCUCAGAACGACGAGACGCAAGGAUCUCUGCUGAAGGUAGAGAAGCUCGAUCUCUUACCUCAGAACGACGAGACGCAAGGAUCUCUGCGGAACGUCGAGAAGCUCGAUCUCUUACCCCAGAACGACGAGACGCAAGGAUCUCUGCUGAACGUCGAGAAGCUCGAUCACUUACCUCAGAACGACGAGACGCAAGGAUCUCUGCUGAACGUAGAGAAGCUCGAUCUCUUACCUCAGAACGACGAGACGCAAGGAUCUCUGCUGAACGUCGAGAAACUCAAGCUCUUACCUCAGAACGACGAGAAGCAAGGAUCUCUGCUGAACGUAGAGAAGCUCGAUCUUUUUCAAAACGACGAGACGCAAGGAUCUCUGCUGAACGUAGAGAAGCUCGAUCUCUUACCUCAGAACGACGAGAAGCAAGGAUCUCUGCUGAACGUCGAGAAGCUCGAUCUCUUACCUCAGAACGACAAGAAGCAAGGAUCUCUGCUGAACGUAGAGAAGCUCGAUCUCUUACCUCAGAACGACGAGACGCGAGGAUCUCUGCUGAACGUAGAGAAGCUCUAUCUCUUACCUCAGAACGACGAGACGCAAGGAUCUCUGCUGAACGUAGAGAAGCUCGAUCUCUUACCUCAGAACGACGAGACGCAAGGAUCUCUGCUGAACGUCGAGAAGCUCGAUCUCUUACCUCAGAACGACGAGACGCAAGGAUCUCUGCUGAACGUAGAGAAGCUCGAUCUCUUACCUCAGAACGACGAGACGCAAGGAUCUCUGCUGAACGUAGAGAAGCUCGAUCUCUUACCUCAGAACGACGAGAAGCAAGGAUCUCUGCUGAACGUCGAGAAGCUCGAUCUCUUACCUCAGAACGACGAGACGCAAGGAUCUCUGCUGAACGUAGAGAAACUCAAGCUCUUACCUCAGAACGACGAGAAGCAAGGAUCUCUGCUGAACGUAAAGAAGCUCGAUCUUUUUCAAAACGACGAGACGCAAGGAUCUCUGCUGAACGUAGAGAAGCUCGAUCUCUUACCUCAGAACGACGAGAAGCAAGGAUCUCUGCUGAACGUCGAGAAGCUCGAUCUCUUACCUCAGAACGACAAGAAGCAAGGAUCUCUGCUGAACGUAGAGAAGCUCGAUCUCUUACCUCAGAACGACGAGACGCGAGGAUCUCUGCUGAACGUAGAGAAGCUCUAUCUCUUACCUCAGAACGACGAGACGCAAGGAUCUCUGCUGAACGUAGAGAAGCUCGAUCUCUUACCUCAGAACGACGAGACGCAAGGAUCUCUGCUGAACGUCGAGAAGCUCGAUCUCUUACCUCAGAACGACGAGACGCAAGGAUCUCUGCUGAACGUAGAGAAGCUCGAUCUCUUACCUCAGAACGACGAGACGCAAGGAUCUCUGCUGAACGUAGAGAAGCUCGAUCUCUUACCUCAGAACGACGAGAAGCAAGGAUCUCUGCUGAACGUCGAGAAGCUCGAUCUCUUACCUCAGAACGACGAGAAGCAAGGAUCUCUGCUGAACGUAGAGAAGCUCGAUCUCUUACCUCAGAACGACGAGACGCAAGGAUCUCUGAUGAACGUCGAGAAGCUCGAUCUCUUACCUCAGAACGACGAGGUGCAAGGAUCUCUGCUGAACGUCGAGAAGCUCGAUCUCUUACCUCAGAACGACGAGACGCAAGGAUCUCUGAUGAACGUCGAGAAGCUCGAUCUCUUACCUCAGAACGUCGAGAAGCAAGGAUCUCUGCUGAAAGUCGAGAAGCUCGAUCUCUUACCUCAGAACGACGAGACGCAAGGAUCUCUGCUGAACGUAGAGAAGCUCGAUCUCUUACCUCAGAACAACGAGACGCAAGGAUCUCUGCUGAACGUAGAGAAGCUCGAUCUCUUACCUCAGAACGACGAGACGCAAGGAUCUCUGCUGAACGUAGAGAAGCUCGAUCUCUUACCUCAGAACAACGAGACGCAAGGAUCUCUGCUGAACGUAGAGAAGCUCGAUCUCUUACCUCAGAACGACAAGACGCAAGGAUCUCUGCUGAACGUCGAGAAGCUCGAUCUCUUACCUCAGAACGACGAAACGCAAGGAUCUCUGCUGAACGUAGAGAAGCUAGAUCUCUUACCUCAGAACGACGAGACGCAAGGAUCUCUGAUGAACGUCAAGAAGCUCGAUCUCUUACCUCAGAACGACGAGAAGCAAGGAUCUCUGCUGAACGUCGAGAAACUCGAGCUCUUACCUCAGAACGACGAGACGCAAGGAUCUCUGAUGAACGUCGAGAAGCUCGAUCUCUUACCUCAGAACGACGAGAACCAAGGAUCUCUGCUGAACGUAGAGAAGCUCGAUCUCUUACCUCAGAACGACGAGAAGCAAGGAUCUCUGCUGAACGUAGAGAAGCUCGAUCUCUUACCUCAGAACGACGAGACGCAAGGAUCUCUGCUGAACGUAGAGAAGCUCGAUCUCUUACCUCAGAACGACGAGACGCAAGGAUCUCUGCUGAACGUAGAGAAGCUCGAUCUCUUACCUCAGAACGACGAGACGCAAGGAUCUCUGCUGAACGACGAGAAGCUCGAUCUCUUACCUCAGAACGACGAGAAGCAAGGAUCUCUGCUGAACGUAGAGAAGCUCGAUCUCUUACCUCAGAACGACGAGAUGCAAGAAUCUCUGCUGAACGUAGAGAAGCUCGAUCUCUUACCUCAGAACGACGAGACGCAAGGAUCUCUGCUGAACGUAGAGAAGCUCGAUCUCUUACCUCAGAACGACGAGAAGCAUGGAUCUCUGCUGAACGUCGAGAAGCUCGAUCUCUUACCUCAGAACGACGAGAAGCAAGGAUCUCUGCUGAACGUAGAGAAGCUCGAUCUCUUACCUCAGAACGACGAGACGCAAGGAUCUCUGCUGAACGUAGAGAAGCUCGAUCUCUUACCUCAGAACGACGAGACGCAAGGAUCUCUGCUGAACGUAGAGAAGCUCGAUCUCUUACCUCAGAACGACGAGACGCAAGGAUCUCUGCUGAACGUAGAGAAGCUCGAUCUCUUACCUUAGAACGACGAGACGCAAGAAUUUCUUUUGAACAUCGUGAACGAAAAGAUCUUUUAAUACCUUCUGCUGAACAACGAGACACUAAACACCUUUAUGCCAUGAGAGACGAUGCUAAGAUUCGCGAUAGUGAGAUUGAUGUUGGUGUACCUGUAAAUGACCAACUACCAAGUGACUCUAAAAUGUCUUCAACAGCAUCUGUCUUCUUCACUUCCGAAAAGGACUCUUUCAUGAUCAUGUCAGAUCCAAAUACCCAUGAAACCGUUCAUAAUUGGUUUUUGAAUGUAAUUUUUACUGGAUUGAAUGUUAUUAUUGUUGCAGCACUGCUUCUUCCAAACAAUGCAGAAGGAAUUAAAAAACAAAAGAAUGCAUUCUUUGGAUUUGAAAAACAAAACUGGAUGACAAGACUGGCUGGCUGUGUGUAAAUCAAAUAAGCUCUUCCUCUUCUACGACUACAUCUGUCUACAUACUUAUUCAUGUCGUAUCAAGUAGUUUAGAUAAUGUGACGUCAUUAGACAAAGUAGUGCUGCAGCAACACCUUUGAAAAUGCUUUGUUUAUUUUCAUCAUGUUUUUGAAUUAUUGAUUCCUUUACAAAUCUUGAACUGCUUAGACUUAACAAUACCUGUAGUAGUUAAAAGACUUAAUCCAAACUGUAACAAAAUUCUUCCCAUUCUUAACCGGAGAGAGAAUUGAUAAUGUGAUAUUAGUGUAGACUGAGAUGAUAUUUUUCAACAUUAGUGGAUAAAAUGACUAUCAAAGUGGUUACUGUUUCGUAUUCUGAGCAAUGUUACACGUGUUAUAGAUUGAUAUUUUUGUAAAUACACAAAAAUAACAUACUUUGUGAUUGGAUAUUCAGAGAUUUAUUAUCGUUGUGUCAAAUGUUUUGAGAAUAAAAUCUUAUAUUUCUCGUUACAGGCAAUGUUACCAUAGCUAAGGCUGUUUGAUUUAUUAUUGAUUCUUAGCUAAUAUAGACUUUAGCAUGUGACUCAACCGUAGUGUAGAACUAUAUAACUAUGUGUUUCUAAUAAAUGUUAGCAAAGUG